AUGCGUGGUCGAUCUACCACCUCACUGGCUCCGCAAAUGCGAGCUGGCAACCACGAGUCGCAGCUCAAUGUUCUGAAGGAGGAACCCCUCACCGCAGUGCACUUCCUUAGCCCGUCACAACUCGAAGUGGUCUUCCGCACUAACAUCAACACUGGACUCACCGCGAGCCUCGCCGAGGAACUGCUAGAGCUGUACGGCCCCAACACGUUCAAGGAAGAAAAAGGACCCCGCUACUGGAAGAUACUCCGACGCAACCUCUUCGGCUGGUUCCAGUGCGUCCUCUGGGCGGGCGCCAUCUUAAAUUUCAUCGGAUACGUCUGCUCCCUCUACAUAUACACCGAGCACUCCGGAAAGGACUACUUGUACCUCGGAGGCGUCAUCACCGCGACCGUCGUCGGCACCGGACUCUUCGGGUUUUACCAGGAGGCACGAAACAUGGCCGUCAUGAGCGGCUUCGAGAAGAUGAUCCCGUCGUAUGCGACAGUAGUCCGCGACGGCAUGAAGCUCGGCGUCCCGACGAGCGAGCUGGUAAUAGGAGACGUCGUCGAAAUGUUCGGCGGAGAGAUCGUCCCCGCAGACAUAAGAGUCGUGACUUGUACGAAUUUCAAAACGGAUAUGUCGGCGCUCACGGGCGAAUCCAAGCUCGUCACUCACAGGCCGGAAUGCACCCACUCGAAUCCCCUGGAAUCCAAAAAUAUGGCAUACUACGGCUGCCCUAUCUCCGAGGGAACCGCGACUGGCGUCGUCGUGGCUACGGGAGAGGGCACCGAGAUGGGAAAAAUCGCUGGCCUCGUGUCCGGUCUGGAGAAAACUAAAACUCCCAUCGCUAAGGAGAUCACGCAUUUUAUAAAGCUCAUUUGCGGCGUCGCGUUCACGAUGGGCUUCAUAUUUUUCGCGAUGGUUUUUUACAUGGAGCGCAACUGGAUAUCGGCUCUACAGUACAUGCUCGGCAUCAUACUGGCGAACGUCCCGGAGGGACUCAUCGUGACCUUGACCGUGUGCAUGACUUUGUCCGCCAAUAAUUUGAAGAAAAAGAACUGUCUGGCAAAAACGUUGCAAGCCGUCGAGACUCUGGGUUCCACUUCGUGCAUAUGCUCGGACAAGACUGGUACCUUGACUGAAAACAAGAUGAGCGUCGCUCAUUUAUACUGCAACUUCACUAUUUUCGAUAAAAAUGAUCACUCCCACGUCUCGCAGCCCGCGUAUGCCACUCUAUGUCUGGCUGCCUCGCUAAAUUUGAGAGCGGUGUUCGCUCCUGAUGAAGAAGAAGUAGACGACGAUCAGAUACAUAAGAAGAAAAUAAUUGGAGACGCCUCAGAACAGGCGAUACUGCGCUACAUGGAAAUCAACCGAUCCGCUAUGCAGACUCGAAACGGGAAUCCAAAGGUUGCGGAAAUACCUUUCAGCUCAGCUUACAAGUAUCAAGUCACCAUUCACGAAAUGCAAGCGACCAACAGUUACUACCUAAUAAUGAAGGGGGCGCCUGAAAUAAUAUUGGAAUAUUGUUUGCGCCUCUUGACCGACGAGGGCGACGCCGAGUUGAAUCCCGAGUUGAAGAAGGAGAUAAAAGCGAGCUUCAUCAAACUAGCCAACAUGGGUGAGCGUGUCAUAGGAUACUGCGAUUAUAACUUGCCAGUACACGAAUACCCCAUAGGGUACAUAUUCGACACCGAGAGGAAAAAUUUCCCCAUGGAGAAUUUUAGAUUCAUAGGAGCGAUUUCAAUGAUCGACCCUCCUCGCAAGGAUAUAGAAAAAUGCAUAGCGCUUUGUCGCCAAGCCGGCAUUCGCGUUAUUAUGGUGACCGGUGAUCAUCCGGUCACGGCGCUAGCGAUAUCCAAAAAGUGUGGCACGAUAACGCAGCCCAACGCAUACGAGUACGCCUUCGAGCAUCACAUCGAGGUAGCUGACGUUCCGGAACACGUUAAAAACAAAUUCCAAUCUGCCGUCAUCACCGGGAACCAACUACGGAAGAUGACCAGCAAUGAGCUGAAAGCGGCUUUCACGAGAUACAGCGAGAUCACAUUCGCGAGGACGAGUCCGCAACAGAAACUCACUAUUGUAGAAACUUUGCAGUCGUUGAAACACGUCGUGGCGGUAACCGGAGACGGCGUCAACGACUCGCCGGCUCUGAAGAAGGCUGACAUCGGAAUCGCAAUGGGCAUCACCGGCACCGAAGUAUCGAAACGAGCGGCCGACAUGAUUCUUCUGGACGAUAACUUCGGGUCGAUAGUACUUGGCAUAAAGGAAGGUCGACGAAUUUUCGACAAUUUGAAAAAGACCAUCGCCUACACUCUAACCUCGAAUACGCCUGAGAUGCUUCCUUUCGUGCUGUACGCAAUACUAGAAAUACCUUUACCGAUGACACUCAUCAUGAUUCUGGUGAUAAACGUCGGCACGGAUCUGAUGCCUGCGAUGAGCCUCGCGUACGAGACGUCAGAACAGGACAUCAUGUCGAUCCCUCCUCGAAAGACGACCGACCACCUCGUCAACGGAGUCCUGAUAUACAUGGCCUACUUUCAAGUUGGGAUGAUCCAGUUCUUUGCUGGAAUGUACGCGUACUUGGUCGUGUUCGCGCAGCACGGUUUUUUCCCAGCAUCCUUGAUGUACGUGCGCAGUGCUUGGGAGGAUCCGUCAAGUAACGUAAAGAAUACAAUAGGCACGGUUUGGAAUUAUGAGAAUAGAAAAUUUUUGGAGCGCAAAGCGCAAACUGCUUACUUCGUCGCAGUUUGUUGGACGCAAGUAUCAGAUGUUAUAAUUUGCAAGACUCGUCGGAUUUCUCUGCUCAAGAAGGGCAUGACGAACCAUGUGUUGAAUAUAAGCAUCAUAAUUGAUCUCCUGGCUGCGGCUGCUGUCACUUAUAUUCCAAUUUGCAACGAAAUCUUUGGAACGGCUCCUAUAGAAGCCGCUGAUUUCUUUUUGGCUAUCCCAUUCUUUGUUCUAAUGAUAGUGGCUGACGAAGUAAGGCGGUUCGUUAUCAGGCGCGUAAAGGAACUGGUGCAAAUCCUUGGUGUUGCAAUCGACUCCUGCGCCUUUAUAUACGCGGGCCGUGUGUGGACUCUACCUGUGUUCUACCGACGCACGACAGUCAUGUACGCUAAGUUAUUGAUGGUGUGCUGCUUGGUGUCGGCGGCGGUGGCGGCGCCGGGCAUCUACGACGGGCUGGGUCUGGGGGGCCACGCCAUCUCGUACGCGGCCCCCGCCAUCUCGUACGCGGCCCCCGUUGCCCACUCCAUCGCCCCCAUACAACCCAUUGUAAAGGCUGUUGCUGCGCCCGUGGUGCGAGCGGAGCCUGUGGACCCGAACCCAGCGUACAGCUUCGCGUACGGCGUCCAGGACCCGUCCACCGGCGACCACAAGGACGCUCAGGAGACGCUGCAGAACGGCGUCGUCCACGGCUCCUACAGUCUGGUGGAACCCGACGGCCACAUCAGGAAGGUUACGUACACCGCCGACCACGUUAAUGGCUUCAACGCGGUCGUGCAGAGGACAGGCAACGCCCACGCGGCGCCUGUCGCAGUAGCCCACGCGCCGGUUGCGGUGGGCCACGCGCCACUUCUGGCCCCCGCGCCCGUGGCCGUCGCGGCUCCCGUGGCGAAGCUGACCCUGCCCGCCAUCGGCCACCCCUGGUAGCCCACCACCUAAACAACCGCCGAGCGAGGAGGAAUGAAUUGGGGAAUGUGACUGGGUUUUACCAGGCACUGUCUGUGUGUUCCUUGGCUUCUCUGUUGUGGUGAUGGGUCCUGGGUUCCUCGCCGGCGGUGCUGACUCGCAUGUGCCUUGAUAUUGUCCUAUUGUUAAUUUAUUUAGUUCUGCUUUGACUGUUGCUACGGACCUGAUCUUAACGCGUUGUAAAUGUAAAUAUUAUGUUUAGUUUUAAAAUAAAUAAAGUUUUUUGCCUAA